CCUCCUACGGGCAGGCUUACUUGCGGAAGUCCCAGUUCCGCUCAGGCUCUCCAGAGCUGAGAAGCGACUGACUACGCGUCUCUCCCACUCUCGAGCACCGUCAGAGAGCCGCUUCGCAGGGCAAGGUGAAUCAUGAGCUACAGCGUCACCCUGGCUGGUGCAGCUCCAUGGGGCUUCAGGCUACAAGGAGGAAAGGACUUUGGUCUUCCCCUCACUAUUUCACGGCUGACGGAUGGAGGCAAAGCAGCCAAAGCCAAGAUGAGUGUGGGAGACAUCAUUCUGUCCAUAAAUGGCAUCUCCACUGACAGCAUGAACCACCUCGAGGCCCAGAACAAGAUUAAAUCCUGCUCCGGCAAUCUCAGCCUAACAUUACAGAGAGCCUCAAGUGCUGCCAAAGGAGGUCCUAAGGAUGAACCUCAAGAAAUCAUUAAGCCCGUCCCAAUCACCAACCCGGCCCCCAGCGCCAUGUACACAAAGCCGUCAAGUCAGCCUGCGUACAACAAGACAGCCCGGCCAUUCGGGGGCGACAGAGAUGCGCUGACCCCUCCCUCUGUAGCAUCCAUCCCCUCUGAAUCCUCCGCUUUCACGCCAGCUUGCGCCUCUCAACCGCCGCACCCUCCAUUCCCGCUCAAGUCCAGCCUCACAGGGCCGGACUCUUCCCCCGCUCGCUCCAGCAUCAGCUCCCCAUCCACCAUGUCCUCCUCCUCCUCAUCUCAGGCCUCCUCCCCAGCCAGAGUGACAGCACCCACCUCCCAGCCCACUGUCCCGCAACCAUCUGUCUAUAACACCCCUAUCAACCUGUACUCCAACAUCAACGCCUGUGAGGUGGCUAUGGGGCAGAGGCGAGGCCUUCUGGAGAGCCAAGGCCUGUCAGAGCAGUUCAACGGAAAAGAUUCCGACUUGAAUCACGCAUCUGCCCUAAGUGAGGCCAGCAAAAAGAGACUGAUCGAGGACACGGAAGACUGGCACCCAAGGACCGGCACUUGUCAGUCCCGCUCCUUCCGGAUCCUGGCCCAGCUCACCGGCACUGAAAAUGAGGAAGCUCCUGACAACAAUGGAAAAAACGAUGUUGUGGAUAAAACCUCUCCAAGCGUGCCCACCUUGCCCGCAGCCAAAACAUAUUCCAAAGCUACGCCUCCUCGGAAUGGCAACGUGGUGGCUCCCUCUGCAUUCAAGAGCCCCCCGGCCCAGAACAAGCCCUCCUCCCAGCUAGGGGGUCCAGCAGGUACAGGCUUCCGUAAAGGUGGUGCGGCUCCUUCGUUCGGCAAGAUUACCAGCCCUCCUCCCAAAGGCCCAGACCGACCCGUCCCACAACCACAUCCUGAGGACCUCAACUCCCUGGUGCAGCGAGCCGAGCACAUCCCGGCCGGAACGCGCACCCCCAUGUGCCACAAGUGCAAUAAAGUCAUCAGGGGUCCCUUUCUGGUAGCCAUGGGCAUGUCCUGGCACCCCGAGGAGUUCGACUGUGCCCACUGCCACUCCUCUCUGGUGGACCGUGGAUUUGUGGAGGAGAAGGGCCAGGUGUACUGCGAAUACUGCUACGAGCAGUUCUUCGCUCCCACCUGUGCCCUGUGCCAACAGAAGAUAUUGGGGGAGAUUAUGAACGCACUGAAGCAGACAUGGCAUGUUUCUUGUUUCGUGUGCGUGGCUUGUCAGCAGCCAAUCAGAGGCAACAUGUUCCACAUGGAGGAUGGACAGCCGUACUGUGAAAUGGACUACUACAAACUGUUUGGCACAAACUGCCAUGGUUGUGAUUUCCCCAUCGAGGCAGGAGACAAGUUCAUGGAGGCUUUGGGAUUCACCUGGCAUGACACCUGCUUUGUGUGCACGGUCUGCACCGUUAAUCUGGAAGGACAACCCUUCUUCUCCAAGAAAGACAAACCUUUGUGCAAGAAACAUGCCCACACUGUCAACAUCUGAUCCACUCGUGCACCCCUCAAUACCAGCAAAAAAAAGGGCGACAAACAGAAUCAUUUGGCAACAAUAUAUGCAGUAUAUUUUCAUAACUAUGUCAGUCAAAUGCUGAGUAUUUAAAUGUACUUACUUAUAUAUGUGUCUUUGUUUUUUUUUUACAUUUGUUUUUCUUGACAUUUUCUUUCAAGUGCAAUUUUAUGGGUGUAAAGCUGCAUUUCCUAAGCCUUCUCUUAGUUUUUUCAGUAAUUUGAGCGGGAUGGGAGUCUUGUUGUGUUUCCAUAGAAUAAGAUAUAAUGCUGACCCUGUCAGGGAAAAAACACAUUAAUUUGGAUAUCAGCACUAUUGUGGAAUUGUAUACUGAUAGAAAUGUACAGUAUAUACAGUAGAUGUAAGCAUGACUGGUAACAUAAAAAAGACCAUACAUUCAUCAGAUAUUUAUGACAAAAACUUGACACGACUUAUUGAGUAGAAUAACUGUCCACAUUCAUACAGGUCAAAUGUCAAUGCUUAUACUGUAUUUGUCACAAUCAUUCUCAUAACUUGACGUUUAUAUGCCUGUUUUCCUACAGAUUUUCCCUUUCUGAUGAUGAUCAUUUAUAAUCGUAACAAAAAAAAAUUCUAAUAUAUUCCGACAGACCUGCCAUUUUUCGUGUGCCUUUCAAAUUUUCAUGUGUGGAAUAAAACCAGUUUUAUGUA